AUGGGGCACCUGAAGCAGCAAUAUCGAAUUCCGCUCUCUGCCGCCAUGCCCUCCUCCAGCGCGUCCAUGCAGGACGGCUUCGCAUGUCUCCCGAUGACCCCUCCUGAGCCUGCCGACGGCGUCUUGACGCCUACCAGGGGUGCUACUUCGGUUAGCACGGCCAUCCAUGUGAUUUCUACCGAGCGUGCAGCUCUCGCGCAUCUCGAGCGCUUGUAUGAAACGGACCAGCUGGCACAGGACCAUCUUGGCCGCGCAGUAGAUCAAAUUGCAUGUACCGCCCGCAAUGGAGGCAAGCUGGUGUGCUGCGGGGUGGGCAAGAGUGGGAAAAUUGCCCAGAAGCUGGAAGCUACCAUGAACAGCUUGGGGAUUUACAGCACGUUUCUACAUCCAACAGAGGCAUUGCACGGUGACCUGGGGAUGGUUCGACCGAAUGAUACCCUUCUCUUAAUCUCCUUCUCCGGCCGAACACCAGAACUGCUCCUUCUACUUCCUCAUAUACCUCCGACAGUCACGAUCAUUGCGCUCACAUCUCACUUGCACCCAUCAACAUGCCCACUUUUGUCAUUCCAGCCCUCCGACAUGGGUAUUCUUCUACCAGCCCCCAUCCAUGAAGACGAAGAGACGUCAGUGGGGGUGUCCGCUCCAACGUCCUCCACAACAGUAGCCCUCUCGCUUGGUGAUGCCCUGGCUAUAGCCACCGCUAACAGGCUACAUACCUCCCCCGGAAGAGGCCCUGCGGAGGUAUUCAAGAGCUUCCAUCCUGGCGGUGCAAUCGGAGCCGCUUCCACUGCAUCAACCCCAAUUAGCAUGUCCAGUGUCUCAUUCACCUCAUUCACCUCGACACCGUCCGACUUCCUCCCGGUCCGUCCGCAGAUACCCAGCUUUACUGAACACCAAGAGUCCCCGCAGAGCCCCUCCAUCUCCAGCCUUAUCACCGCCACCCUCAAUCAAAUACCCACUGUCUCCUCUGCAACGCAGAAAAUAAAACUUCUAGACGUCCUACUCACAGCAAUCCAACACCCGAAUGCGAAAUCGUGGGUCUUUGUCUCCCCAUCCGUGGUUAUCCCUCCUCGGCAACUCCGAUCUCUCUCCCGGGGCUAUGUCGACAUGGAUACCUCAUUGAGCGAUUUGGAUUCUACUGAUUUGAUACCCCGCGACCAUUGGCACCUGAUCUCGGACGAAUGUACUGUUGAGGAAGCACGCCGUCUUAUAUCCCCAGACGCUGGCAGACCGGUAAUUGUUGUCGUGCGUGGGCAGGACCAUAAUGACAUCCUCGGCAUGUUGGAGGUUCAAGAUCUAUGGGAUGAUAAUGACUGA